AUGGUUCCGAAACUGUGCGCCUGGCGAACGCUGCUUCUACCGCCGGCCGAUUGGGCAGCCAGCGAGGGCUCCCGGGCCGCCGCGCCCCUACCUGCGCCGGGCCCGCCCCCCGCGCACCGGCCCGGGCGGGCACCUGGCGGCCGCUGCGGGCCCGGCAGGGGGAGGAGACGGCGCGCGGGGCGGGCGGCGCGGGGCCGCGCUAGGCGUUCCCGAGCCGCAGCCGAACUUUUUCCCCCAAGAAGUCCCGCGCGUUUGGGGGCCGGAGGCACGAGGCGGGGAGGGGAGAGCGGAAUUCCUGGAAGGAGCAGCCGCCGCCGCUGCCCCACAACAUGGCCUCCUCCACCUCUUCUGCAGCCGGCGCCGAGGGCACCCUUCCUCCUGCGCAGGGUGACUAUGGAUCCUACUAUUCACGAAGCUCUAGAAAGCUUCUUUAUGAUUGGAUUACAUCACUGCUCUGUGCUGUUGACUCCCAGUCAUUAGCCAGUGUGGCUCUUUGUUGUUCUCUGAG